AUGGCACUCCCGACAAGCCUCUCGGCGUCUGUGCAGUGGACUGCACGCACACCACAAAGGCGCAAACGCGUGCGACGAAGUUGUUUCUGUUGCGUCUUUUUGCUUCUUUUCAACAACGCCUUUGGCACUGGUUUUUGCGUCACCAGAGUGGCGAAUCCGCAAACAUGCUUUAUCGGUUCCAUCCCUGAAGUCACUUCUUCACACGGUGAUCACGUCCACGGAGUCUCUUCUCCACUCGUUUCUGAGUCCUUUGUUCCUUUCCUCUGCAUCCCGUCUUCGUCAGCUCGUCGGUCUCUGGACCCGCGCUGCGAAGGUUGUCUUCCAACUCCUUUGUUUCUUCCUGCCUUCGCUGUCCCCUCUCCGCCUGGCGCUGCUCGACUGGAUGCGGCCAGGCAAGCGCUCAUCAACCUCAACACAGAGGCGAGAGGGGUGUGUUUGCUCUCGUCGCCUGUCCAGCGGUCUGCGGAAGUCAGACACCAUACUGCUUUUGCCUCACCAUCGACUCCUACUCUCCACGGCUGUCGGGCAAGUUCGCGGAUGUCUUCGUGGGCGCAUGCAGGCAAAACAUGUCUCUCGGAUCCGUCAAACAGGGGAAGCUUCUCCAGAAGAAAAACCUCUUCGUGUCUCGGCUCUGUAGGGUCGCAGGGAUCGCCGUCCUCCCCGGCGGAUUGGGACAAGACACUGUUCACAACUCACGUCAGACCAACGGCUACGACUCGUGGAACUCGACUGGGAACUCGUUCUCACGCGAUCUCCACUAGCGCCGUCGCAUCCUCAAAUGCGGCGUUCGCGUCCUCUCCUGUGCCUCACGAAAAAGAAGACGAGAACCCGCUUCGCGAGACCCCCCAAGAGAGCGCAUGUGGAGAGUUCAACGUGAACGGAGAGGGGAGAGGAGAAGCUGUCGGACGAGAGGGUCGCCGGCGAUCGCUACUUGAAAUGCGGUGUGAUGGCGCGCCCUACGUGGGCCUAGUCACGCAGAUUCUGCCUCCGCCUCUGAGUGCCGGCCGCCAGCUCUGGCCUCUCGCUGUGGUGGAUAUCGGCUGCAUGCGCAGCGGCACUUUGGAACUUCGACCGCACUGGGACAUUCGCGUCGGCGACUUGGUUCCUGUGAAGGUUGCGAGCGUCGACCUCGUCUGCCACCGCCUGGUCCUGCAGCUCGACAGUUCUGCGAAAGAACGUUUUUUUCAGAAAUUCCGUGGGCCGAACACUUGGCUCAAGGGAGAACUCACCGGGUCGACAAGUGAAGCCUCGAGGGUCGCGGCCAUCGGUGAGGGAGCGCGUGCGCAUUGGGGACGAAAUUCAGGUGUGCCUUGUGAUGUUCGAUCGUGAUAGACUGGUCCUCACGGCUCAACCUCACUCUUCGCUUGCUUCACCCUCUUCUCGCGCCAGCUUCGCCCCUCCCGAUCUUUCUGCGUCCCCUAAUUCGACUGCUGCAUCCGAUCCAAAUGUCGCUGCUUCUUCCUCUACGUCUUCCGCGACUUCCCUCUCGGCUUCUUCUCCUACAUCUUUCUAUGCUUCCGCGGGGCCUGGUUCACUUUCAAAGUGACCGUCGAUGGCGAACGCGAAGGAGACUCGGAGGGUCCACUGACAUCUGGGAAGCAGCUGCGACAGGUCGCCGCGCCGCCAGGCAGCGCCGAUUUUUCGUAUUCACAGCGCGCAGCGAUACUUCGUGAAGGCAUAGAUCGUGUUGGGAGCAGGGUGUGUACGUACAGCGGUUUUUCCAGAUGAAAUACACAUACGCGGAUGCACCGAUGAAAAUCGUGGGGACACAGAAGAGUGUGUUUGACCACAGUGAGGCGGAUUGCUGGUUAUGUGUAGUUCCACGUUCACGACGAUGCUUCACAGUGCAGGUUCCGGAUGAACGCACAUGUUGCAAAUUUGACGGAAACGUCAGAGCCUUUUUUAUUUCUUCUGACACCUUUGCAGUACACUGACUGGGGGCUCACGUCCAGGUAAAUCGUUGAUGCAC